AAGUACCUAGGGAUUGCCCUUCAGCUGGAAAGCUCUUUCGGGUGGACAUCAUAUUGCCCUGCGGUUCCUAGACGAUACCAGAUUAUUUCCGUCGCUAGCUGCAGGACUUUGAGGGGCAGGCACAUCCAUGGCGCGUUUUCUUCUGCUUCCUUCUCUGCUGGUCGUCUCAUUGAUUUUCGCUUAUAAACAGAUAUCCCUUAGCGCGAUUCAGGGCCUGCCAUGGCAGCCUCGAAAGCUCGGCAGAUUCCAUCCCCACGCGGAUCGUGUCACGUUCGUCAUCGCGAACCGAUCGCCAUUCGUCACUCACAUGAUUGCAAACGAGGAGGAUGUUUUUGCGUCGAGCCCUUUUUCCGCCUCUUGGGGACAAACCAGUGGUGAUGAUGCUGGUUUUGAAGGUGGUGGUGAUGUUGGCGAUGGCGACGAUACCGCCGUAACGACAGAGGACGAGGAUCAUGCUGACAAGGAAGACGACAGCGACGCUGCCGUCACUGCCGAUCCCGCCUCCAACGAGCGUUUCGCGACGGGAACCACGGAGGAUGCCACUCCUACCCCUACCAUCGCUGGUCCGUGGGACAAACUCAUAUCCGCGUUCGAUAGUUUCGUGCGCUCUCGCGAUGCGAAUAAGGAUUCCCAGCUCCACGCGCUGUUUACUUCGGUUCAGACUGAGUUGCUCUCUCAGGCGGAGUUAGAGGAGUUGGACGCGGUGAAGAAGGCCUUCCAGGCCGUAAUGGGCGUGGAGUCCGCUCAGGACGCGGAUGCGAGCACGGGGGAGGGGAGCUCAGAGCAGAGGAGCAUGGGGAAUAGGAGCAAGGAGGAUUGGAGCUCAGAGGGAGAUAAGAUCAUCGAGGAUUCCGUCACGGAAAACGUCAGAGUCUCGACGGAAGGCGACAGCGACCUCCUGGUGCACGCACUCGACGUUCUCCCACGCUCUCACGAUCCGAAUAAAGGUUUCCAUAUUUACCGCCUCUUCUCCUGGCUGCAGUUUGAGUCGCUCUCUCCGGCGGAGCUGCACGCUGUGAACGAGGUGAAACGGGCCCUCGUCACGCUCCCACGCUCUCACGAUCUGAAUAGAGAUUUCAACUCUGCCGACCUGUUUUCUCAGAUCCGAUUUGAGUCGCUCUCUCCGGAGGAACUACACGCCGUCAGCAAGUUGCAGAAGGCGUUCGAGAACGUCUCUGGCAUCAUGAGGAGCACGGAGGGGAUCACGGAGGAGGGGAGCAUGGGGGACGGGAGCACGGAGGAGGGCACGGGCAUUGAGCAGGUGGAUUAUGCCCUUGAGGAGGACAGUAGCCACGUGGAGGCCGCUCAGGAGGACGAUGCGAGCUCGGAGGAGGAGGAUGCGAGCUCGGAGGAGGGGGAUACGAGCUCGGAGGAUUCUGACACGGAAAACGUCAGAGACUCGACGGAAGACGACAGCGACGCUGCAGCCACUGCCGACCCCGCCUCCAACGAGCUCCUCGUGACGGGAACGGAGGACGCCGCUGCUGCUGCCCCCGCGGAAGACGCGGAAGACGCGGAUGGCGCGGGGCGUCAGGCGGACCCCCAAAUCUCCGCGCUCCUCACUUUCCUACUCCCUCUGAGUCACGAUAAAGAUUUCAACUUUGACGAAUUAUCUUCUCAAAUUCAGUCCGAGUCGCCCUCUCCGGAGGAACUACGCUUUUUCAACGACGUGAAGAAGGCCUUGGAGGAAGCCUCUAGCACCAUGAAGGCUGCGGAGGAGGGGGAUGCGAGCACGGAGGAGGGGAGCACGGAGGAGGGGAGCAUGGAGGCUGUUCCAAUCGAGGAUGGGGUUUAUGACUCCGCAGCUUCAGGCAACGGCGCUGUGGGGGCAGUCAAGAGCGAUUACGUGUCCCCCACAAUCUUGCCCGAGUGGAACAUCCUCACUAUCACUGCUGUGGCUCUCCUAGUGACGGUUGUUGUGCUCAUGAUGGUUCUUGGCCUCGCAUGCAUGGUCUACGGCCGUGCUGGCCCCGGGGAUAAGGACCCGGUCAAGACCCCGCUUCUCAAGUCCUACCGGUCUUUUGAGAAGUACCCACGCAACCCAGUGCCCAUGUAUGUGCCUCCAACCCUAACGGCCACGUAGAGAGGGAUGGGUUUGGCGCCUCAAGAGAGUACCCACGCAACCCAGUGCCCAUGUAUGUGCCUCCAACCCUAACGGCCACGUAGAGAGGGAUGGGCUUGGCGCCUCAAGAGAGUACCCACGCAACCCAGUGCCCAUGUAUGUGCCUCCAACCCUAACGGCCACGUAGAGAGGGAUGGGCUUGGCGCCUCAAGAGAGUACCCACGCAACCCAGUGCCCAUGUAUGUGCCUCCAACCCUAACGGCCACGUAGAGAGGGAUGGGCUUGGCGCCUCAAGAGAGUACCCACGCAACCCAGUGCCCAUGUAUGUGUCUCCAAUAACCACAUAAAUAGGGAUUUGCAGAGUUUCUGUAGGAGCUUCGUCAAUAAUUCUGUUCUUGAUCAAAGUCAAUUACAGCACCCAUUCUGCUGUGGACGCGCAUGCCAGGGGGAGGGAAUGGCAGGGGGAGGGCAUGCCUGGGGGAGGGCAUGCCUGGGAGGGAGGGGACGGGAAGGAUGCGGGAGUGAGUGCGACGGAGUAGGAGACAUGGGUGGCCAAAACGGGGGCCUGCAACGGGGCUAAACUGCAACGGGGCUAAACUGCAACGGGGCUAAACUGCAACGGGGCUAAACUGCAACGGGGCUAAACUGCAACGGGGGAUGGAAGCAUGGACGAUGGGAGCACGAAGGAGGGGAGCACGGAGGAGGGGAGCACGGAGGAGGGGAGCACGGAGGCUGUCCAAUCGAGGAUGAGGAUAAUGGCUCCGCAGGUGAUUGCGUUGUCUUUGU